AUGGACAAUAGUGAUGACGAAAUUCAAGUUAUAGAAAAUUCUUCUGGGAGUAAAAGUAAACACUCUUCGCAUCAUAUACCUAAAGCAAAGGCGCCCAGUAAACCACAAGACCCUGGACCUUACAGAUACAGUAAUAAAAAUAACGGAAUCAACAACCCAGCAUCAGUACAACAACGAAAGAUUGCCAUCCUAGGAGAUUCGAUGAUAAAGCACUUGAACCCUAGAAGACUACAACAUGGGCUUAAACAUAAGAUCAUGGUAAAAACAUUCCCGG